CCAGACCUUCCUAGCAAGUGACCCCGAAGCGGCAAUGGAACGGUGGCCGAAGUCUGCCCACAGCUUCCGCUUCGAAGGCGGCGUCGGAAAUGCCGCGCCAGUAUCCAGAGCCCUUCGGAACCUCCCGAGAGAUGGUCAGGAGCUUUUGGAAACUUUAGGUCAGGGGCCAGCGAUCAAAAGGCUGGUAUAUCGGAACGGCUGCAUCUCCCGAGAAACCUCCAAGAGUAUCUGAGGUUGCCGGAAAAUGGUUAGAGAGCAGCCGAAAUCAGCCGAAUGCCAUUCGGGAUGCUCCGGAGCUUCUCGAGGCACAUUCGGGCCCUCUCGGCUCUGCAAGACUGCACUGGAAUCUUAGGUCUCCUUUCGUCGCCUAAUCUUAGCAGAUCCUUUCGUCGCCUAAAUGGAUCUCACUGGCAUCGAAUCUAUGGAUCAGUGUCGCCAUACCUUGGAACAGCAUAACUGGAACAUAGAGGCUGCUGUACAGGACAGAUUGAAUGAGCAAGAGGGCGUACCUAGUGUUUUCAACCCACCUCCAUCACGACCCCUGCAGGUUAAUACAGCUGACCACAGGAUCUACAGCUAUGUUGUCUCAAGACCUCAACCAAGGGGGCUGCUUGGAUGGGGUUAUUACUUGAUAAUGCUUCCAUUCCGGUUUACCUAUUACACGAUACUUGAUAUAUUUAGGUUUGCUCUUCGUUUUAUACGGCCUGACCCUCGCAGCCGGGUCACUGACCCCGUUGGGGACAUUGUUUCAUUUAUGCAUUCUUUUGAAGAGAAAUAUGGGAGGGCACACCCUGUCUUCUACCAGGGAACGUACAGCCAGGCACUUAACGAUGCCAAAAGGGAGCUUCGCUUUCUUUUGGUUUAUCUUCAUGGAGAUGAUCACCAGGACUCUGAUGAGUUUUGUCGCAACACACUCUGUGCACCUGAAGUUAUUUCACUAAUAAACACUAGGAUGCUCUUCUGGGCAUGCUCUACAAACAAACCUGAGGGAUACAGGGUCUCACAGGCUUUACGAGAGAACACCUAUCCAUUCCUGGCCAUGAUUAUGCUGAAGGAUCGAAGGAUGACUGUGGUGGGACGGCUAGAAGGCCUCAUUCAACCUGAUGACCUCAUUAACCAACUGACAUUUAUCAUGGAUGCUAACCAGACUUACCUGGUGUCAGAACGCCUAGAAAGGGAAGAAAGAAACCAGACCCAAGUGCUGAGACAACAGCAGGAUGAGGCCUACCUGGCCUCUCUCAGGGCUGACCAGGAGAAAGAAAGAAAGAAACGGGAGGAGCGGGAGCGUAAGCGGCGGAAGGAGGAGGAGGUGCAACAGCAAAAGUUGGCAGAGGAGAGACGGCGGCGGAAUUUACAGGAGGAAAAGGAAAGGAAGUUGGAAUGCCUGCCCCCUGAACCUUCCCCUGAUGACCCUGAAAGUGUCAAGAUCAUCUUCAAAUUACCUAAUGAUUCUCGAGUAGAGAGACGAUUCCACUUUUCACAGUCUCUAACAGUAAUCCACGACUUCUUAUUCUCCUUGAAGGAAAGCCCAGAAAAGUUUCAGAUUGAAGCCAAUUUUCCCAGGCGAGUGCUGCCCUGCAUCCCUUCAGAGGAGUGGCCCAAUCCCCCUACGCUGCAGGAGGCCGGACUCAGCCACACAGAAGUUCUUUUUGUUCAGGACCUAACUGACGAAUGACAUUUUCUUCUUCCUGUCCCCUCCUACCCCAGUCCCUAAAAGAAAUGGGGAAAAAAGAAAACAACAACAACAAGUCAGAAAAAAAAAAAAGAGAGAGAGAAAUUCAUAUUAUUAUUAUUAUUAUAAUACAAUAUUUUUUUUAAAAGACUGCUGCAUCCUUAGGAAGGAUCAGAAACCAUGCUGCCCGUAAGAGUCACAACCUGUGUGUGCGCGCAAGGUUAGCAACAAACGUACCCGCUCGGCAAGCCCACCCUUCCUGUGGCCUCUGUGCACGCACCUUCCAGUGAACAGAGACUCUUCACCUUCGACCCAUCCAUUGUCCCAGCUGGGAAGGGGACAUUCCCACUAGUUCUCAUUCAUUCUUGCUUUUAUGAAAAAUAAAAGUGAAAAACCUCCAUCAACCAGCUACUUGCAGCAUCUCCUGAGGACUUGCUUCUCCUGCCUCUGGGGAAGAGAGGGAAGAGAAAGCACAGAGCAGAGAAGCAGAGAUGUUCCUUGAACUGCCCACCAGUUUUCAAUAACUUUUAUUUCUGUUUUGUAAUGACCAAAGGAAUGAGGCUGACAUAGGUAUAUAUAUAUAUUUUUCCUUUAUUUGAUAAAGAGCCAAUUCUUUAAACCCAUGAGUUUAUGCCCUGGGCUCCUUAGCCCACAAUAGUGUAAUAAAAGUGCCCCGGGCUGGUUUGUGCUUAUUUCUGCCAUUGUCCCUCUCACGUUCCCAGAGAGGUCAUUCUUUUUGGUCCAACUCUUGCUGUCCUUUCUUACCACCUGUGCACCCCACUUGGAGCAGUGGGAGGAAAUCUGGGUUUGUGGCCCCACAAAGGCUGUAUAUGUAAAGAUACACCUAUGUAUGUGGUGGAACUCACCUUUACACACAACUGCAGCUUUUCCUUGGAGUCUGUACCAGGUGGUGGUUAUGGGGUCUGAACCAAAGGAUAGCAGCUCUUCAUUCCUCUUCUGACAUGUGCAUGCUGCUCCUCCCAGCCCUGGGCUUUCCUGAAUUGCCAAGCCUGGUGCCUUUCCAAAGGACUAGCAGGGCCUGUGGUGGAGCCAGCAGAACCACAGGAGAGUGCCCUGCCUGUCUCAGUGGAAGUGUAUUAUUGUUUUAAGGAUAGAACCAGAGGCCUUGAAGGGAGCCAAGACAGAACUCCCAGCCUGUGUAAUCUAUUGGAAGGCACAUUUUCAUUUCUGAUGCAGCCACCUUCUGGAGGCAGCUUUUAUCCUUUCUCUCUAUUGCUAUGUUGAAGUAAUAGGGUUUUUUUUAACCUCUGGAUGUCUCGUCUGUGGUUGAGUUUAUGGUAAUGGGUACAUGGGUCAGGCCAUGUAUUAACAGAUGCCAGUGCGCUCUGACAAGUAUUCCAAAGUGUUCUGUAGCUAGACUGGUGCAGGCUCGUUGUACCACUGCAACCGACUGACGUUACUGUAGUUCCUAGAAUGCUGUGAGGGCAGGGGGGUUCAGAUCAACAUAAAGCCUAACUUGCUGGAGUUGUAGUCUCAAGGCUUUCUCUCUUGCUUAACUAAAACCUAAGGACCACUGUUUUUGGUAGCAAUUAUAUGGUUACUAUCCACUGCAGUCCUCAGUUGUUGGGGUAAAUCCCACAUGGCAGAGUAAGGCACCCCACAGAAAUUAACUUGGAGAGCCUGAGAAAUUCCCAGUGGCCUUGGCAUAGCUGUCUAGAACACCAUCUCUAGGAAAAUUUAAUUCUGUCCCUGGCCAGCUAUUGUUCUUCCACUUCGUUUUCUGCUGUCCCAAGGCCAGAUGAGUGGAAUCACCAUCUGACUGUUGUCAAUAAAAUGUAUCUGGCGUGAACAGCAGGAUAACCCAUGUUCUCCACGUAAGGAUAACCUUACGUGAAACCUUUCUGCUGACAACCAUGCAGAGGAAUUUUUCCACUUAAGUCAGAGCCUUCCUCCCCAUCUGGAAUUCACAGCUGUUCCCUGGCAGCACACAGGAGGGUAUUAAGGACCUUUGUGAGGCUAGGUACACUAUCCACACCUCUUUGGGGAAGUUACGAUUUUUUGUUUCCAUCAUAAUUCAGUCUCUUCUUACUCUACAGUGUGCACUUUAUGCCUCUCGCCUUUUGAUAAUAGUUGUUCAGUGAAGGAAGUCAGCUGCCAGAAUAUUAAGAAGGGUCUCCCUUUAUGUCAGUACAACUGUUAGGGCGGCCUUCCCAUUUACUUUAGGUUUCAAGAGGAUUCACCGGAAGCACAUGCCCCGGUCUAGUCCCAUUUGAAACAGUUCUGCUUUACUGAGACCCUAGGCCGGUCUCCUUGCUGACCCUAGCGCUGCUGCCUAGGUGCCAUUUCCUUUCCUCCUCAGUCAAAUACAGGCUGCACAUUUUGUCACUUAAUGCCAGUACAAUCUGUGUUACUCCUAAGGACUUUUGGGAUUUCGAUGAGACCUGCGAGGGAGAAGACACUGAGAAGCCGGUGAUCUGUAAGCAUUUGCUCUUGUUUCCACAUCACCUCUGGGAUAUUUCAGCUGUUGUUUCCAAAUGGCAAGUCAUCAACUAAAAGCACUUGUUUCAAGUUUUGUUCUGCACUCCCACGACUGAAGUUGUAGAUUGAGCUGAAUAACCAUGGGAAGUGACCAAGCAAAGACACUCGAUUGGAGUCAGUUGAAUAUUUGUACCCUCAGUGGAGCCCUUCUGGUCUUUUCUUCCACUUCUGCAGAAUUUCCUCUAGCAAAUACUUCUUUCUCCUUGCUUGCCUCCACCAUGAUUUUGAAUAAGAGAUGGCCAGAGGAUAACACUUGUCUCUUAAAAACUAAGCUAAAAAGAACCUAGAACCUUCAACUGAGCAGUUGUGAAAAUUGCUAAUGGUGCCAAGGCCAAGCAAAGAGUUUCAGAAAAUGACUGAGAAGGAGCGAUAACCCCCAGAACGCAAAAUCAGGGGCAUCAUUAUCCGGUGCUUGAACAAGGAGCUCCGCUCUACAACUGGUUUUUUAGGACUUGUGAGGAACGCAGCAACGGAAAUCCAUCCACAAAGGAUGCAGUGCCCCAACUUGUACUGCGCCUGAAUAGUCAUGUGAUAAUUUACUGAAGAAAUCUAGUGUACUUUAAAUUUUUUUCAUAAAAGUUUACAUUGUAUUGUAGGUUAACAUUAAAUGUUUUAUAACAAAAACUUCAUAA